UCUGUCAGUCGCUCAGCGGCCUGGGCUGGGGAAGGAGGGGAGGGCGCAGCUCCCUCUGUCUGCUGGAGAGGAGACUGGCAGCAUUUGGAGAACUGUGUGAGGGAAAGAUGCACAUUCAGUACUUACUGGAGCUUUCAGCAGCCUGAACAGCCUCCCAUCGCCUGCUGCUGCUGCUGCGGGGAGCAGUGUAUGUGAGUAAGGGUCCUACUAGAGCUAUAGCAAUAAUAUCUGAGGGAAGUGAUUCAUAUAUGAUUCAGGGAAUACCAGGAAGGCUUCAUUUUACUGUGCUGAAGUAAAGAUAUCUGGAGAAAAAAAACUACAUUUGUUUUCCACAAAUUAUUUGGAAUCCCAUAUAGGAAAUAAUAUUGUGUAUUUAUAAAGCAGCCGCACAAUCGCAGCAACUGUGUGGGAUACGGAGCCCUGGGCGCAGGUGGAAUCCCAUAACCUUACCCUCUGGCGUUUGGAUGGUAACCCAUGCCCAGGGAGGGAAAGAACGGAUUGGUUCCAUUGGCACGGAGAAAAUGCCAAGAAAACUGCCAGAUGUUCUAGCAAGAAGCAAAAGAGCAUUGUAAGGAUGAGAUGCGUGUAAUUAAAAAGUCAUCCCGAGUGUUAAACAUUAUCCGUCUGCCCCGGGGGGGGGCGAGGGGAAGGAUUGUGCAAGUUGUGUACAGCAAUUUAGCCAGGCGUAGAUAAACAGCUGCAAAGGACUAAAUCCACUUAUUAUUUCUGCACUAAAUGCCAGUUUGAUGCGCCCGCGAGGAUGGAAAGACCUCUGCUUUUAUCAUUCGUGCAGCUCGGAACCAUGUGGAAAUGAAUUAAAAACCCGCUUUUGUGCCUGCCUUUUCCCCCCUUUCUAUAGAAAACUCCACUCCUGACCCUUUUUCUCCUAAAUCUGAUUUUUGUUUCCCCUUUUUUAAUUUGAAUUAUUAUUUUUUUUUCAUUUGCAACAAUCGGAGCAAUAAUUUGUUGGGAGAGAAGAUGAGAUCGGAUUCGGAAAUCAUUCGCGACGACAAACGGGAACUUGAGUGGAUGUGUUAGGAAAUAGGGGGGUCGUUGGUGGGGGAUCUUGCUGUUGUGUUUAUAUAUAAAUGGACAGGAUCGCGUUUCAUCGGAGAUUAAGCUGACGGGCAACAAAGGAACUGUUUGUACCGUAACUGCAAGCCAUCGGAACUAAGUACAUGCAGGGAAAAAAAUGAAAACUGAUUCCACAGCUGAAGAUUUCUUCUCGAAUAAAAAACAUUUCGUUGACUUAUUGGAACAGUGACAGCCAUCCGGUUAUAAUUAAGAAUGAGAAAUUUGUUCUUGUUUUGUUUUUCCAGUACAGUCGUAAAUAAAUCAGUUGCUAACCACUGCUAAAUGCUCUUUUUAAAUAAUCACUUUAUGCCUUUAUUUUUUAUAUUUUCGCCUCGCAAAGAAAAAUAAGUUGCCCAUCUGAAACGGAUUCUUUAAAAAAAAAAACGUUUUUUUCUAUCAAGGAUUUCCUUUAUUUUUAUAGCUUAUUUUAUAUUUUUGGAUUGAAACCAAUUCUGAGUUCUGACAGAUGGUGAGCAUUUUUUUGCCUUCUUUUUUGAAGAUCAUUAACACCCGGAUUGUUACAUCUGAUCAGCUACCGUCAAUAGAUUAUGAGUAUAUAUGUUAUUUUUUUAAUAUAUGAUGGUUGAACAUUUACAUUUUAUAUAGUUGUAGUUGUUUUUGGUUGAAAAGUGGGUGACGCCAUAUUUAUUUUUGGAGAUUUAUUUUUUUGAACUUGUUUUGGAGAUUUUAUUUGCACUAUGAUGGAAGUACCUUCUUGCUCAAAGAAAAGUCUCUCGCUGACUCUUCCUGUACCCCGGGAAGGACAAGCCACCCUGAAGCCUCCACAACAUCUCUGGAGGCAACCAAGGACGCCAAUUCGAAUAAAGCACAGGGGCUACUCGGACACAGAUCGCCACCCUCAUCGACAGAUGGAAAGAGCGGAUGCUAUGGAUACCAGUGACCGCCCUGGUCUGAGGAAGUCCAGAAUGUCCUGGCCAUCUUCUUUCCAUGGUACCACCAGCAACAGCCAUGCAAGCCAUAAACAACGCUUCGAUGUGGAGAACGGUCCUUCCCCAGGGCGCAGCCCAAUCGAUUCGCAGGCGAGUCCGGGGCUGGUGCUUCACCCCAGCUUUCCACAAAGCCAGAGGCGGGAAUCUUUCCUGUACCGGUCCGACAGUGACUAUGACAUGUCUCCGAAAACCAUGUCCCGCAAUUCCUCCGUCACCAGCGAGGCGCAUGCUGAGGACCUCAUCGUUACACCCUUUGCUCAGGUGCUGGCCAGCCUGCGUAGCGUGCGGAACAACUUUACCAUCCUUGCCAACGUUACCACCCCAACCAACAAGCGCUCCCCGGUGAUGCCUCAGCAAACAGUCUGUAAAGCCACUCUCUCAGAGGAAACGUAUCAGCAGUUAGCCAAAGAGACUCUGGAGGAGUUAGACUGGUGUCUGGAUCAGCUGGAGACUAUGCAGACCUACCGUUCUGUGAGUGAAAUGGCGUCUAACAAGUUCAAGAGAAUGCUGAACCGUGAGCUCACCCACCUGUCUGAGAUGAGCCGUUCAGGGAACCAGGUCUCAGAAUAUAUUUCCAACACAUUUCUUGAUAAGCAGAAUGAAGUGGACAUCCCUUCCCCAACACAGAAGGAGAGAGAGAAGAAGAAGAAGCAGCAGCCCAUGUGCCAAAUCAGCGGUGUCAAAAAGCUCAUGCACAGCUCGAGCUUAACCAACUCGGCCAUCCCACGGUUCGGAGUAAAGACCGACCAGGAGGAAUCUCUCGGCAAGGAACUGGACAAUUUAAACAAGUGGGGCCUUAAUAUAUUCAGAGUAGCAGAAUAUUCCAAUAAUCGGCCGCUUAGCUGUACAAUGUACACUGUAUUUCAGGAGAGGGAACUACUGAAAACCUUCAAGAUUCCAGUAGAUACCUUAAUGACGUACAUGAUGACCUUGGAAGAUCACUACCAUGCAGAUGUUGCUUACCACAACAGCCUACACGCAGCCGAUGUCACGCAGUCCACGCACGUCCUCCUAUCGACACCAGCGCUAGAUGCGGUGUUUACAGACUUGGAGAUUUUGGCUGCAUUAUUUGCAGCUGCGAUUCAUGACGUAGACCAUCCUGGCGUUUCCAAUCAGUUCCUUAUUAAUACGAAUUCCGAGCUGGCGUUAAUGUACAAUGACGAAUCCGUGCUGGAGAACCACCAUUUGGCCGUGGGCUUUAAACUGCUGCAGGAAGAGAACUGUGACAUUUUCCAGAACCUCACCAAAAGGCAGAGGCAGACGAUGAGGAAGAUGGUGAUUGACAUGGUUCUGGCCACUGACAUGUCCAAACAUAUGAGUUUGUUAGCAGACCUGAAGACUAUGGUGGAGACUAAGAAGGUCACCAGUUCUGGAGUUCUUUUGCUGGAUAACUACACAGAUAGGAUACAGGUCCUUAGGAACAUGGUGCACUGUGCUGAUCUGAGUAACCCAACGAAGCCCUUGGAGCUUUAUCGUCAGUGGACGGACCGAAUUCUAGAAGAGUUCUUCAGACAGGGGGACAAAGAAAGAGAGAGAGGAAUGGAGAUCAGCCCUAUGUGUGACAAGCACACAGCAUCUGUGGAGAAAUCCCAGGUGGGCUUCAUCGAUUACAUCGUCCACCCGCUUUGGGAGACCUGGGCGGACCUCGUUCAUCCAGACGCCCAAGAUAUCUUGGAUACUUUAGAGGACAACCGAGACUGGUACCAAGGCAUGAUUCCACAGAGCCCCUCUCCACCUCCCGAUGAUCCAGACAAGGACGAGGAGGCCUGCAUUGAAAAGUUCCAGUUUGAGCUGACUUUGGAGGAGGAAGCGGAAGAUUCCGACAAGGACAGGAACAGUGGUAUUGAAGAGGAGGAUGGUAACUGUUUGCAUGAAGCACCUGAAAUCCAAGAGCCAGAAGAAGAGUUCAUGACAAUGCAUGAAGGACAAGCAGAACAAACAGAUGUCUACUCAGACAACACAUCACCAGUAGAAGAUUCAUGAACUUUGUUCAAACAAUAAUUUUAAAUAUUAUAUAUUAUCACAAAAAAAAGAAACUAUUUUACACAAGAUCAAAAAAAAAAAGUGGUUUAUUUCCUAUUUAUUUUAUUUUUUUUUUUAAUUUCUAUUUUUUUUGUAUUCUCAAGGGGAACAAACACAAUUACUGUAGAUUCAGAUACUUUUGCACAGAAUAGGAGUUUGUUGCCAUAAGAAAGUUACAACACGCUCUAGAAAACAAAACUGUAACUUAUCAUUUUUUUUUAAUGUUUUAUUUCCUUUGCCUUUUUUUUUUUCUCCACCUUCAAACGGAUGCAACCAGGAAAAAAAAACCCCAGUUCAUUUCUAUUUUUGCGCUUGCUUCAAGAAGCCAUUUUGUUUUCGUUUUUUAAAAGAAAAUGUAUUGACUGAAGAUUUUUUUUUCCAAGUUGGGUGGACUGCCUUUUUUUUCUGUCUCUUUUGGACACGUAGAACAUUGGCCAUGCAAAAAAAAAAAAUAAUCUACUCAUGCCACCAAGCUGUUUCCGCUCCUUUGGAUAUUUGGUCUAAAGGGGAGAAGCAGACGGAAAAUGACAGUGGAAAGGGUGUGCCUUUUAUAUAAAUAUAUGUAUUUCUGUCCGAUUCUGUGUGAUAAAUGGAGCUUCUGGGUAAACAGUGAACAGCUUCAACCUUCGGAGAUCUCUUGUCAUUGAGAUGUGUAUACAGAGGAUAUUGGAGCCGACAAACCAAUACCUUAUGGAAUUUCCUGCCUGAAAGGAGGGUCGUACGUUUCAGCCCCUAUUUACUAGUUACACUGUCAUGGAAAAAAAAAAUCUACAGUAUCCAGCAAAGACACUUUUUUUGGUUAAAAAAAAAAAAAAAAAAAAGAGAAAAAAAGAAAGAAAAGUAAUAUUUUAUUUGUCUAUAUCUCUUGACAUAGAUAUAAUAUAUAUAUAUAUAUUUUCUAAAUGCUCUUAAGUUAUUCAUUGCUCGUAAUGGAGUCAGCAUUAACGCUAUAGUUUUGCUAAGGAAGUCCGGUGGGAAACGAGUGGAAAUAUUUACUGUAGAAGCCACUUGCAGUUCAUCUAAAAGUCUUCCUCGAUUUUCUUUUCUUUCAUUUGCACAUUCGGGCAAUACACUAGCAUAAGCGCAGGCUUCACGGGAGGAGGAGGAAAAUGGAAUACUUUGAUUUUUCACCAGCAAAUGUUUUCUUUUCACACGUGUUCACUUUCUGUCGGCGAAUGCUUGUGCCCCGUGUCCGUAAGAUGCUCAGAUUAGACAGUCUGGUUCCCCAGUGUUUAGGCGUAGAAGCUCAUCGUUGUAACUUUAUAUAUCAGAAUAUAAUAAUUUGACUGUUUAAUGGAUGGAAAAUUCCCCAAAAUGGGAAAUUCAAAUUGUAUUUAUGAAAAAAACUCAAAAUUCAUGCAGUGAAUUCACUUUCUGCCCUUCAAUUUCAAUGAGUCGGCCCAAUUUCAAGUUCUUUCCAAAAACUCAAAUUGAAAAAUACCUUAAAAAGGAUAAAAUACACCCACUCAUUGUCUUUGACACAAACUCUUUUUAGAUGAUUCAUAUUCGAGAUUUGGGGUUUUCAGCUCUUAAUAAAUCUCAGAAAGUUCUGGAAA